ACGUAGAGCGUCUCCAGCUGUGGUCAAAUCCCAUAUAUUCAUUCAGGGAAACGGAAGGAAUGGCUCUAUAUUGGUCUUUGCUUCUUUUAAUGGGCCUCUGUUUGGUGGCCGCCUAUGAUGAUACCGAAGAGGAGCCCCAUUGUUUUCAUAUUAGCGAUGACAAGUGUCCCAAUAUCAACAUAACCUUCUGGAUAUACACGAAAAGUAAUCGAAAUGGUAUAAGAGCGAAAACAACGAAUUUAAACUUGCUUUUGCCCCAAAAGCCGUUGAAAGUUUUGAUUCAUGGCUUCCAUGGAAACCGUGAUUACACUCCAAAUGACCAGCUACGAUCCUUGCUAUUGGACCUCGACUACAACGUGAUUUCUGUGGACUACGCCAACCUGGCCAAGGAGCCGUGCUACUCCGAGGCGGUGAUCAAUGCCCCUCUUGUGGGUCGUUGCCUGGGCAGACUUCUGAGCACCCUGCUCUACCAUCGGAUAGUGAAGUAUGAGGAUCUUCAUCUCAUUGGCUUUGGGCUGGGGGCUCAUGUGGCCGGCUUUGCCAGCAAUGCUAUGAAAAAGCCGGUGAAUCACAUCACCGCCUUGGAUCCCGCAAAGCCAUUGUUUUUGGGCACGGAUCCUGCUAAGAAACUGGAUCCCAACGAUGCCAAAUUCGUCGAUGUCAUCCACACGGAUGUAAUGAUGCUGGGACUAUUGGAUGCGGUGGGCGAUGCCGAUUUUUACAUCAAUAUGGGCAUUAGCCAGCCCAAGUGUGGUCCCCAGAAUAAAAUGGAAACCCAUUACUGCUACCAUAAUCGCUCAGCGGUUUACUACGCCGAGUCAAUAAGCUCAUCUUCCCCCGGAUUCUAUGGCUAUCACUGCUCCAGCUUCAAGGAUUUCGUAUCGGGUGUGUGCGCCCCUAAAGAUAAUGUGGAGCUAAUGGGAUUCGGCGUCAGCGUUCAAAAUGCCAGGGGACGGUACUUUUUGGACACCAAUGAUGGGCCUCCUUAUGCCAUGGGCAAGAGCUUCAAUAAGCUAAGCCGCCAGGUGAUGGGACGCACCUUCGUAAACGAUGAACUUAUGAAUAAAAUGUUUGGCAUUGAAAAUAAGGAACAGAAAGUUGAAGCUUAAAAUUGUAACAUUUCUGAAUAAAUGAUUCAGAAAUAGAUAGAAUCUAUUCAUUUAAUAAAUUAUGAAAUGAAAAACGUGAA